UCGUUUUCAAAACGAAUGUCUCUCACUCUCUCCUUAGGGGUUUGCAGAACAAAAAUGGCGCAGUGCAUAACCAACACAUUCCUCCACCCAAAACCCUUCCAUCCUAUCCCAUCCAAAACAAAACCCGUGGGAAAUUGCAGGGUGGGGGUGACGUGCAGGAAGAAGGAUAUACACCCGCAGUACCACGAGGAUGCUAAAGUGUACUGCAACGGGGAACUCGUGAUGACUACCGGUGGGACCCAGAAGGAGUACGUGGUUGACGUUUGGUCAGGUAACCACCCCUUUUACCUGGGUAGCCGGUCAGCGGUUAUGGUUGACGAUGACCAAGUUGAGAAGUUUAGGAAGAAGUUCAGUGAGCUCACUGAAAUUAUGGAGAUUCCGGUACUCAAGGGUGAAAUCGUAAUUCCCUCCAGGCGCAGGGGUAUUCAGAAAGGUGGUAAGAAGAAGUAGAAGAAUUAAUUAGAUCCAACACACUUCCCAAUUUGGUUUGAUUCCUAUCUAUCUAUGUAGCUUCUUAUGAAUUAUUGAUUCUUCUUGUUGUUUAUAGAAGGGGGAAAAAUGGAAAAUGCCCGUGUGGUGUUUGAUACUAUGCUUCAAUGGUUCAUUUGCUAAUUUUAUUUUUGUUAAAGAAUGAGAAUGAAUGUGAUUAUUUGCUUUAGUUAUAUUUAAGUCUGAUACAUUCCAU